UGUUAUAUAAAUGUGAGAAUACCAUUUCCAUGCAUAUUUGUGAUGUUAUUACUCAGAAUUUGCUUUAGUUACCCAUCACACUGAAUAUGGUUUUUCAGAUGUACUGGUGCAAUGACCCUUUAGUGUGCCUGGUCCUGGUUGAUCCUUGAUUGGUAUAGCUGAGCUGGAAGGGUUAAAUAUUAUGUGAGUUGAGCCCCUCCCUGCUCAGCUAGUCUCUGUAACAGGAGCUCUGUGUAUUUGCUUUUCUACCCUCACCAUGGUUGCAUGGCUGUCCCAGAGUGUGAUGCAAAGGAAUGGCAGCCGACUGCUGUCAUGCCCCAUGGCCGUGGCUCAGGUCUGCUCCAGGGGGAUGGGGAGCACCUCACCUGCCCCGGGGACCCUCUCUGCCUUCCACAACAAGCCUCGGACUGUGGAGGAUCUCCCACAUACCAGCUUCUCGGAGCUGAUUUACAGAAUGGUGUUUCAGGGUUUCUACAACCGUUUGCAUGAGCUACAGAUCUAUCAAAAGCAGCUAUAUGGGCCCAUAUACAGAGACGGAAUGAAGACAGUGUGCCUGAACACUGCAAAGCUGCUGGAGGAACUCAUGAGGAAUGAUGAGAAGUUCCCUUGCCGAGGAGACAUGUCUUUUUGGAAAGAGUAUCGCGAUAUGAAAGGAUUCGGCUAUGGACCUUUCACUGAGGAGGGAGAGAGGUGGUACAAUCUAAGGGUGGUGCUGAACAAGCGCAUGCUGCAUCCGAAGGAUUCGGCCCAGUAUGGCAGUACUAUCAAUGAUGUGGUUACAGACUUCACCAAGAGGAUCUACUAUGUGCGUCAGUGCAGCACGACAGGAGAUUUGGUGACCAACUUGGCCAAUGAGCUCUAUCAGUUCUCACUAGAGGGUAUUGCUUCCAUACUGUUUGAGACGAGGAUUGGCUGUCUGGAAAAGGAAAUCCCUGCAGGUACGCAGGACUUUAUCAACGCCAUAGCCCAGAUGUUCUCCAACAGCAUGGCUGUGAUAAUGGCGCCCAAGUGGAGCCGCAAUCUACUUCCCUACUGGGGACGCUACAUCGGCGGGUGGGAGGGUAUCUUCAGCUUCGCUAAAGAGUUGAUUGACAAGAAGAUGGAAGUCAUUCAGCAGCGCAUUGACAACAGCCAGGAUGUGGAGGGCGAAUAUCUUACAUACCUCCUUUCAAACACUCAGAUGAGUACUAAAGAUAUAUAUGGAAGCAUCGCUGAGCUUCUGUUAGCUGGAGUGGACACAACAUCCAAUACCCUCACAUGGACUUUGCAUCUACUGUCCAAGAACUCUCAAGUCCAGGACAGACUUUAUAAAGAAGUGUCCACAUCAGUACCAGCAGACAGGAUCCCCUCUGCUGAAGAGGUUACUCGCAUGCCGUAUUUAAGGGCUGUAAUCAAGGAAGCACUGAGGAUGUACCCUGUGGUUCCUAUGAAUGCAAGGAUCAUUGCAGGGAAGAAUGUUGUUAUUGGUGGAAUUCAAUUCUCAAAGAAUACCCCUUUCACCAUUUGUCACUAUGCCAUUAGUCAUGAUAAGGAAACAUUUCCGGAGCCGUUCACAUUUAAACCUGAGAGAUGGCUCCGUGAUGGCCAGAAGAGGCCAGAACCCUUCGGCUCCAUCCCGUUUGGCUUUGGAGUGAGAAGCUGUGUCGGCCGCCGGAUUGCUGAGCUUGAGAUGUAUAUGGUUCUGUUUCGGAUAAUCAGGCUGUUUGAAAUCAAACCAGAUCCCACAAUCGGAGAGGUGAAAUGCCUCAACCGCACUGUUCUGAUACCAGACCGACCACUAAACAUACACUUCGUGGACAGAGGAUGUGGAAAUGCAGCUUGAUUUGAAUGCAAAUAUGAUGAUGUCUGAUACAUUCAGUGAGACAGACAGAAGCAGGAGGUUGGACAUGUUUACUCUUAAGAAAUCUAAGUGUAAAUAUAAAAUGCACGUGUUCAAGUUUAUGCGUAUUUUCUUUUAAAAACGUUAUAUAUAUAUAUAUAUUAAAGUAACUUCCCAUUCAAUAUUUUGAAGCAACUAUGAAACCACUGAGAGACACAGACAAGACCCUGCAAGACUUUUGAUGCACAUCAUGCUUCUGUAACUAUGAGAUAAGACUUGAGAAAACAGAGUAAUAAUAAUGUGGUUACAUCAAUUUCCUGGAAACACACUUUUUAUGAAAUGGUCUUUGUAGUUCAGCAUAGUAGGUGAAGCGUCAUCAUGUGAGUUUUAUUACUUGAAAUAAAGAGUAAAUA